ACUGUUGGAAUUCGAUCCGUUAAAAAUUUGUUAAAAAUAUAUAUAUAUAACAUGUGCCAAUCCACAUCUGGGACCCUUCAAACGUAACUACUGUAGGACUAGGAAAUGUCACUACCCAGAAUGAAUACAUACGUGUCACAAUCUUAGUGGUUAACAUACAAAUAGAUAAUGCAAACUCUAGCAAUCUCCCUUACCACCCAAAAAUUGUCUGGUGUUCCUUCUCUCCCUCACGAUGGUCUAAUGUUGGCUGCCGGCGAGUACACGGACGCCCAAAUCCGGGAGCCGCAGACUAUCGAACUUGAGUCGACAACUCCACGGGUUCUGACGAUAAUAUCUUCCGUGAUGGAAAAGCUAGUAGCCCGAAACGAUGGGCUUGUGGAAGCACUAAGUGAGCAGUUGGAUGGGUUGAGCUUGAGCAGGCAUAGCAGCUACGGCAGGCUGGGAAGGAGCUUGAAUGCGUUCCACGGCGUGAGGGCUCCCAAUAUAACCUUACCCAAGUACUUGGAGAGGAUUUACAAGUACACGAACUGCAGUCCGUCUUGCUUCGUGGUGGGCUACGUGUACAUUGACCGGUUGGCGCACCGCCACCCUGACUCGCUCGUGAUUUCUCUGAACGUCCACCGGUUGCUGGUUACCAGCGUCUUGGUGGCUUCUAAGAUGCUCGACGAUGUGCACUACAACAAUGCGUUCUACGCUCGUGUUGGUGGAGUGAGCAAUGCGGAGCUGAACCGGCUAGAAUUAGAACUGCUUUUCCUUUUGGAUUUUGGAGUUACGGUUAGUUCUCGAGUGUUCGAGAGCUAUUGCUUGCACUUGGAAAAGGAGAUGUUGCUGAAUGACACUGGCCGGAAAAUUGAAAGGGCGAUUGUCCCCGUUGCGGUUGAUGAACUGACUGAAAUAUCUGUCGAAGAUUCAAAGCAUUCUUCUUCGGCUGAUCAAAUAGAGGAUUAAUCUCAUUCCAUGUUUACAAUCUACCGUGUUUUUGUUUGUGUUUGCAUAUUUCUUUCUUUCUUUCUAUCUUGUUUAACAAGGUUCUAAGCGGGAAGAAAAAUGGAAGCCGAUGGGUUGAAAUUUUAACUGAAUCGAAGUCUUAAAGGAAUGCCAUUUUCACCAUUCUUUUGCUCUGAUCAGUGCGAAGAUUCUUUCAUGAUUU